UUUUUAAAUUGGUAUUCACAGCGAAUGUAUCUGUUUCGCCAUAUUAGUUUUCCAUGACCUAUUACUUGGUAAAGAAUGGACGCAAGUGAAAUAAGAACCUUUGUUAUCAAUCUGGCUGUGGUACUGUUGGGGUCUUGUGCUAACUCCCAGAGUUUACCGAAUGAGAAAGUAAUUCCGGUCUUUCCGAAUUCUAAUCAACCUUUUUACAUGAUGAGAGAAACAGACCCCAUAGGUAAAAAGUUGGGCAGUUUGACAUUAGAAAAAGGUCCAGGUCUAAACAUCCAGCCAGCCGGGGACGAGGUCAAUGUCACAGCCACGAGCAACACAACAGACAAGCUCACGGUGGACGUGUUUUUAAAUAAGCAGUUUGAUUACGACAGCAAUAUAAGUACUAUAACAUUGAAUUUUUUCGGAUCAAAUGUGUAUUAUUCCAAUAUUAUACACAGCGUAGCAUUAAUUAAUCAUGGAGAGAACGACGAGAUACCGACAUUUAUUAAUUUGCCUUAUUCAGUCUCUGUACCUGAGACAGUCGCUAAAGGUACUGCAGUUUACAACAGCAUUCAAGCCAUUGAUAGAGAUAAAAAUGACCAGCUGCAAUACUCUUUACAGGGGGCUGAUGAGGAGUAUAAGAACAUGUUCAUCUUAGAUAAAUACACCGCUGUCCUGACCCUGAACGGCUCGCUAGACUUUGAGAGCAACAGAUUCUACCAGUACAAAGUCACAGUUCUGGACCAAGCAUCGCCUCCCCAUUCGUCCGUUGCUGAUGUAUUCAUUACUGUUACUGACGUCCAAGACACACCCCCAUUUUUUAGUGGCGAACCCUUCAUAAAGACUAUAGUUGAAGAGACACCAGUUCCGACCAGCAUUUUUACCGUGAAGGCAGAAGAUGGGGACAAAAGCAUACCAAACUCUAUCAGCUAUUUGCUUCUGAAAGAAACCUGUCCAGGAAUGUUUCACAUCGACAGCCACACAGGUGACAUCAGUGUAAAGAGCAGGGUGGAUCGAGACACUGGGGCUGUCUGGAACAAUUCUGGAAUCUGUGUUCUGACAAUCUUGGCAACAGAAGGCAACGAACACCCUCAGGAGCCAAACAGCGUCUCCACGGCCACCACUACGGUGACCAUCACUGUAGACGACAAGAACGACAACCCGCCCGAGUUCUCCAGCUCCACGUAUGAAGCUACUCUGGAUGAAAAUGCACCAGUUGGAAUGUCCAUCAGCUUACACACAUCCAUUCGGGUCACUGAUAUAGACCAGGGCGAACAUGCAUCAAUCCAACUGCGAGUCACCAGUCCAGCGAAUGUUUACGAUGUGAGCCCAGCCACUGUCCAAGGCUCUGGUGAAGUGCUCAUACGGGUUGUUAACUCAACUUACCACGAUUAUGAGACUAGAUCCACAAUUACCAUUGAGUUAGAAGCAUCCCAGAUUGGUAUCACUCAAACCGCGAAAGCGGUGAUAACUCUAAAGUUGAAUAACCUGAACGAUAACAGCCCGGUGUUCACCAGCCAUACACUCACUGGAAAUAUAUCUGAGGCAGCUCAACCAAAUACCUCUAUCAUGGACAUCAAGGCAAACGAUGCAGAUUCAAAUGACGAUGGAAAAAAUUAUGGAACUGUGAUGUAUUCUUUGGAAAACCCAGAUCCAAGCUUUGAAAUUGACAAAAUCACUGGCCAAUUGACAGUGGCUAGUGCAGCAAAACUCAACCGGGAGGCUAAAGACAGUUAUUAUUUAACAGUUGUUGCCACUGAUGGUGGAAAUCUUAAGGUGACUACUCAGUUGAACAUAAAAAUCUCGGAUGAAAAUGAUGAGGUCCCUGAGUUCACUUCAGAUAGUUACCAAACAACACUGGAGGAGCUAAAAACAGAAUUUGGUCAUAAUAUUAAAGUACAAGCAAAUGAUGCUGAUGAACCUAACACUUUGAACUCUAAGAUCACCUACAGUCUUGUAUCCACUUCUCCCUCUUCAUUGGAGUCUUACUUCAGGUUGGAUCCAGAUAAUGGCAGUCUUACAGUAGCUAAACCUUUGGCUUAUGAAGAUAUUCAUGACCCAGGAUUCACAGGGACCAUUUCACUUUUAGUGAAUGCAACAGACAAUGGUGUGCCCCCGUUAUCUUCAACAGUUAGUGUGGCUAUCUUUUUACAGGACAUCAACAACCAUGCUCCUACAUGCAGACAAACUAUGUACUCAAACAGUGUGAAAGAAAAUCUUCCAAUUGAAUCUCUUAUUCUUCAAGUUGAUGCAAAUGAUGCAGAUGGCACUGCACCUAAUAACCUUUUCAUAUACAGCAUUGAUCAAAAGAAUUCCGAGAAAUUUAUCAUCGAUAGCACUUCAGGCAACAUAACACUUCGCAGUAAUUUGGACAGAGAAACUGCUGAUCACUAUAACAUCACUGUCACAGUCACAGACCUGGGUACCCCAUCAAGAAGCAGCUCAUGCAGUGUUUAUUUAACUGUACUUGAUAUAAAUGAUACACCACCAACAUUCUCUAAUGCAUCUCAAACAUUACACUUCUCUGAAAAUAUACUUGGGCUAGAAAUUUUAAAUGAGGCACAAGAUAAAGAUCAGGACAAAAAUCUCAGCUAUCAAAUAGACUGGACACAAAGCACAGCCAAAAAUCCAUCUGGUCAACAAACCAACAUGAGUCACUUACAGAACUGCUUAAAAAUCAAUAAUAGAGAUGGUAAAAUAACAAACACUCAGCCCUUGGACAGAGAAAUAGUUCAAGAAUUCACAUUAAAGAUCAUAGUUACAGAUGAGAAGUCUGAUACAGGACUUCAACAAGAUGUUGCCUCAGUUACAGUGUAUGUGGAUGAUGUGAAUGAUAAUAAACCCACAUUCAGUAGCUCCCAGCAGUACCAAACAAAAGUACAAGAGAACAUGCCAGUUGGCACUGAGAUACAAUUCACAGGAUCAACUUUAGUUGUUGAAGAUUCUGAUCAGGGAAACAACAGCAGCUUUGUUGUAUCACUUAUGAAUUACUCUGAAUAUUUUACUGUGGAACCACCUGGAGGAAAUGGCAGACAAAUCUUUUCUAUUGUUGUGACCAAUUCUUCCAUUUUAGACUUUGAAGUUACAGAAACUUUACAAAUUGUGUUAAUAGCUGAAGAGACAAAAACUACAGAGAAAUUCUCAAAUACGGCAACUGUUACUGUGAGUAUAGAAAACAAAAAUGACAACAUGCCAGAUUUUGUCGAUGCACCAUUUAAUGCCCCUGUGAAAGAAGAAUCCCCACCAGGAACAUCUGUCUAUGUAGUGAAGGCUGUAGAUAACGAUUUAGGUGAAUUUGGCAUUGUAUAUUACUCCCUUCCUGAACAACCUAAGGAGUUUGUAAUAAACAGAACAACAGGGGAAGUCACUCUCAGUGCAACUUUAAGCAGAGAGCAGCAAGCAUCAUACACACUCAAAGUUCGUGUGGAGGAUGUUGGGCACUUUGGCUCUACCACUCAGCUGACAGUCAAUUUAUUGGAUAUCAACAACCAAAGUCCUAACUUUACAAAGCAGAUUUACAAUGCCACUAUUCCAGAAAACCAGAAGUUCUUCAUGCCACCAUUAGUAAUUCAGGCAUUUGAUGGUGAUGAACCUGGAAAUAAAAACAGUGAGAUUAAAUACAGUAUAUCCAGCAUAUCAAAAAACCUGGAACAAUAUUUUAAUAUCAACCCUACAUCUGGUGAAAUAGUUUUAAACAAAGGUUUGGACUAUGAGUCCCUGGAUAAAAGUUUACAUGGAGUGAUUGAGUUUUAUGUUAGUGCCACAGACCAGAGCCCACCUUACCAUUCUGUAUCUGCCACUGUUCAAGUUACAGUCCUAGAUGUCAAUGAUGAAGUUCCAUCCUUCAGUCAGUCUAGUUUCGACAUUAACUUACCUGAAAAUAUGACUCAUGGAAGUCAGGUUUUUCAAAGUGUGGCAACUGAUGCAGAUGCCAGUGCACCAAAUAACAAAUUGAGCUAUAGCAUAGAUACACUCAGUGCUUCCACAUUCUCAAUCGAUGAUAGUACUGGAAUCAUAACAUUGAGUCGUUCACUGGACCGUGAACAAACUGAUCAUUACAAAAUAAUUGUAACUGCAUCAGACAAUGGUAAUCCAGUCUUGACCAAUACAACUGUCAUCAACAUCACUGUUACUGAUGUGAAUGAUGAGAAACCUAAAUUUCAAAUAAAGCAGAUGUUACAAGUUACACAAGAGAAUGUGAAUUUCACAUACAGCUGUACAGCUGAUGACCCAGAUUCAAAUUCUGAUUUAACAUAUACCAUAAUAUGGAAUAACUCAUUUGGUCUCAAUGGCGAAGGAUCUAGAAUAAAUGAAACUUACCUCAAGGAAUGGAUAACAAUCCCACAGCCAAAGAAAUGUGAAAUAGUAUCAUUAAAACCUUUUGACAGAGAAGCCAUUUCACAGCUCAACCUUGAAAUACAAGUAUUGGAUAAAAAUGGUGCUGUGAAUACUCCUCAGACAGACACUGCAAACAUUGUGGUAAGCAUCACAGACACAAAUGACAACCCACCUGUGUUUAUUGGAUGUAACUCCUACUCUGCUUCUAUAAGGGAGAACAUGCCAGCAAACAGUGAUGUUAAAUUUAAUGGUCAAGCUUUGGAAGUUGUUGAUGAUGAUAUGGGGGAAAAUAGUGGCUUUAAAGUUGUAUUGCUGAGUCACAAUCACACCUUCAAAAUUGAUCCUCCACAAGGAACCUCUCGGCAAACUUUUUCUAUUUUAGUUCAAGACCCUCAAGCUCUGGAUUUUGAAACAAAUGAAAACUUCACCAUUGAAGUUCUUGCUGAAGGGUCAAUGUCAGACAGCACCCAUAGCACCACCUGUAAAUUUGUCAUUCAAGUAAUCAAUGAGAAUGACAACAUCCCUGAAUUUAUUAAUGGACCUUAUGUACGUCAGAUUCCAGAGAACUCACCCCCAUUCCAGUAUGAUUUUUCAAUACAAGCCGUGGACAAGGACAAGGGAGAAUUUGGUGUUGUGAGGUAUGAGAUGAAGGAUGUCUCUGGGAAGUUUGGCAUCAAUGAAACUACAGGUUUUGUGAUUUCAAAGACUGGAGAUCUUGAUAGAGAGUCAGUUCCCUCUUACACAGUGACAGUCACAGCAAGGGACAAAGGAAACUUCACUACCACUACACAGUUGACUAUCUAUGUGUCAGACAUUAAUGACGAGUCACCUACAUUUUCCAAGAAUGUGUAUCAAGUGGAAAUCAAAGAGGAAGAAUCUCAAUUUAUUCCAGCUUUUUAUGUUCAUGCCUCAGAUGGUGAUGACCCAGCUACCAACAACAGUGUGGUAGAGUACAGAAUCACCCAAGAUCUCAACUCUAAUUUAUCAGAUUUCUCUAUCAACGCAACAACAGGAGAGAUAACUAUCAAUAGACCCCAGAACUAUGAGAGCCUUGCAGAUGGUAAAAUAAACCUUACAGUGACAGCUAAUGAUCUGGGAGAGCCAAGUCACACAUCUACUGCCAUAGUGACUGUAUUAAUUCUGGAUGUAAAUGACAACUCACCUGUGUUUACUUCUAAAAAUUACCCAAGUGAUUUACCAGAAAACGCCACUGCUGAAACAAACAUAGUUGCUGUUAAAGCAUCAGAUGCUGAUGGCACAGAACCCAACAACCAAAUUUACUACGUCAUCCAAUCUGGAGGGCUAGAAAAAUUUCAGGUUAAUGGUUCCAGUGGUGAGAUAAGUGUCAACAUUGGUGCUGUCUUUGAUAGAGAUGUCAUGAGCAGCUACAGUUUGACUGUGCUGGCAAUUGACAAGGGCAACCCUCCAAAAACAGCCACAGCAACAGUUUCCAUAACUUUGACAGACGUCAACAACAAAGCCCCUGUAAUUACAACAAGCAGCUUGCAGACUUCAGUAUUUGAAAACUCUACAACGGGUUCUGAGGUCAUUAAUAUUACAGCCACUGAUCCAGACUUAAAUCCCAAAUUGAAAUACAGUUUGUUGUGGAAUGAUUCUCAUGCUUUUGAUGAUAAGGACAGAGAAGUAGCAAUAAAAAAUGUGGAGGAAUGGUUUGUGAUUGACAGCCAGAGUGGAAAAAUAACUGUCAACUCUACAUUGGACAGAGAGAAAGUACAGCAGAUUACUCUCAAAGUUUUGGUGGAGGACUUGAAUGCUGAGACUCCCACACCACAGUCUGCUACAGGUACUGUUACCAUCACGGUGUUGGAUGUUAAUGAUAAUCCCCCACAAUUCAGCAUCACAAACCAAGUCCUCAAUGUUUCCGAAGCUACACAGAAUGGAACUGAAAUAACCACAUUCACAGCAACAGAUCCCGACAAGGACCAGACUGUGUCAUUUGCUCUAAAUGAAUAUUCAUAUUUUAGCAUCAGUCCAACUGGUAAAUUAAGCUUGUCUAAAACUCUUGACAGAGAAACACAGCCCCUACUACAUAUCACUGUUAUAGCUACCGACAAUGGUUCUCCUUCAAUGUCAUCUUCAUGUGAAAUAGAAAUCAAUGUGCUUGACACUAAUGAUAAUGAUCCAGAGUUCAAUACAACCAGUAAAUCAUUUAGUGUUGAGGAAAACUCCCCAAAUAAUACACAUGUUGGGUAUGUGACUGCAACAGAUAAAGAUGUCGGUGACAACGCAAAUGUGACUUACCAGAUGGAAGACUUAGUCCCGUUUCAUAUCAACCCUUUAACAGGGGAAAUAACUGUUGCUGUUACAAGUACACUGACAUUGGACAGAGAGAAAAAAUCUAGCUAUUCUGUUACAGUCUUUGCUAUUGAUAACCCCAAACUUGAACAAAGACGUCGAACUUCUCUCCUGAUAGAAAUUGAAAUAUUGGAUGUCAAUGAUAAUGCUCCUGUAUUUAACUCUGCUGCCUAUUUUGGUAAGAUCUCAGAGCUAAGCCCCAAAGAAGAAGAGUUAAAAAUUACCCCUGAAGGAAUAGCAGCAACUGACCAGGACAUUGGGCAAAACAAGAACAUCACAUACUCUUUUCAGGAACCAAAUAAUGGCCUCUUUACUAUUGACCCUGUGACUGGUAAAGUGAAGGUCAAGGCUGAGAGCUUAAAAAAUAGAUCAGAUAUAUACAGUUACACUGUGAAUGCCACUGACCAUGGUAAAAAGGCUAACUCACGCAGUGUAAACCUGACUAUCACGGUGCUUGAUGAGAAUGACAAUGAUCCUGUUUUUAUUGACAAGCCAGCUCCUGGAAUACCAGAGUGUACUGGCCUUAAUAAAAUAGUGUACACCUUCCAAGCCACUGACUUGGACACAGAUAAAAAUUCCAAUGGACUGGUCAGAUACUACCUGGACAACAGCACAGGGGAAGACUGGAAGCUGUUUACCUUGGAUCCAGAAAGUGGAGAGCUUAUGUUAAAAACUAAGCUGGACACUGAAGUACAAAAGACAAUCCAGAUCCAUGUUAUAGCCCAAGACCAAGGAAUCCCUCCAAGAUCAGCAUUGAAAAUUAUAUCAUUUAAUGUAGAAGAUGUCAAUGACAACCCUCCAAUCUUUGACCCUGGACAACCUAAGACCUUUUCUUUGAAGGAAGAAACUGAAAAUGUGCCUGUUGGUACUGUUGUAGCAACAGAUAAGGAUUACAACUCUUCACUGACCUAUCAGUUUCAUGAUGACGUCGUCAAUAAAAAUCCAUGGCUAGAUCAUUUCCAAGUUACCACAGACAGAGAUCAAAGAGGCAUCAUCUCUGUUGUCAAACGCCUGGACCGUGAGACAGUGGACUCUGUGAAGUUGGUCAUCUUCGCUGUUGAUUCCUCAUCACUCUCUCCUGCUACCAUGUGCACAGGUUUUUCAACACACAGUAAAACUUCAGAUCCUUUUGAAAUAACCAUAACAGUUGAAGACAUUGAUGAUAACCCCCCUGUGUUUAAGGAGAAAUCAUUGACUACUGGUUUUCUUUCAAGCACAGAAGCUGAGAGGCCUAUCAUGAGCCUAGUGGACUAUGUGUUGGACAAUGACACAGCAGCCAACAGUGUUCACAAGUUUUUCCAGGUGGGGGACCUGACAGCAGAUGACCAGCUGCUAAAGGGCUGGUCACCUGACAGUAACCCUCACCCCCUGCUGGUCAACAUCAACGGCUCCAUCACAACCACCUUCAAGUUCCCAGAAGAUGCUUAUGGCUUGUUUACCUUACAAGUGAAAGUGAAUGACAGUGCUGGUAGUGAUUUGCUGGACUUAAAGCUGUAUGUUGUAGGGAAAUCACAGGUUGUUGAAAUGACCACAACUCAUUCAGAGGAUGAACUCAGACACUUACAACAUCAAAUAACACAAAUGCUGAGUGAUGAGGAAUACACAUUUGUACCUGACAACAUCCUGCCUUUUUAUGAUGAAUCUGGUCAUGUUAAUGGCUUUAAAUCUAUACUGGUAGCUCACGCUAUAGAAAAGAGUACUGGGAAGAUAGUAGAUGCCAGCUCUCUACUGCGUAUAAUGGAUACCAAAAGCCAAGUUCUCUUUCCAUUUAACAUUAUAACAACUGAGGCUGGUGAUAAAGCCAUGAGGAAGGAAGCGGCCAAACAAGACGAUCGUACAACCUAUAUUCUUGUGGCAUUUAUUGUUAUUGUAGUUAUAAUCUUUAUUAUAACACUCUUUAUGCUACUGCACACCAUACGAAGGUUCAAGAGAAAGUUAAAAGCUGCAACCAUUGAAGUACAUGGAAUGGAUCCUAUUAAUCCUGUUAAAUUUCCUGGUUUGGACAAUGACCAUAUGAAAGGCUCUAACCCAAUCUUCAUGAGAAAUGUGUCUCUUGAUGAAGCAGAGGAUUCUGUAAGCCAAACAUCUGGAAACUCAAUGGACGACAACGCUUUCAACAAUGUUGAUAGAGAUGUGGUAGUCGACGAACAAGAACUGACGCUAGAUGUGUACGGAAAUGAUGAUCCUUAUAUGAGCUCAGAUAGAAUGCACAGCUCACUGGAUUACAGACAUGAAGAGUAUGAUGAUGAGUAUAAUGAAGAUGGACUGGUAGGGAAACCUCAUCCGUCAGUCAGUGCCAGUAGACUUAACAGUGACAAAGAUGAUGAGGUCUUUGCCUUUGGCAUCAGCACAUUUGAUGCCACUGAAAUAUAGAACCUUGCUGUGUUGUACACUUCUGUGGUAAAUAAACCUGCAUCACAAUAUCUAAGAGACAAAUUGUAUACUUCUGUGUAAAAUAAACCUGUGUCAUAAUAUCUAAGAGACAAAUUGUAUACUUCUGUGUUAAAUUAAGUAUGUUAUAUCUAAGAGACAAAUUGUAUACUUCUGUGUUAAAUAAAUAUAGUAAGAUUUAAGAGACCAGAGUAAAAAUAUCCAAACCUAAUGGAGGUGAGCGAGUUGACGAGAUUCCGUCCCCAAUGUUGUUGACAUGGAAUAAAAACGUGCUUUUUAGAUUUAGACCGUAAAAAAAAAUAAAAAAUAAAAACUUAAGCCUAAAAUUAAUUUAGAAAUUUUAUAUUUUUAGAAUAAAUGUUAUAAAAGUUGCAAAUCCAGAGAACUUGAAAAUAAUUUGUUGAGUUUAAGGCUACAUUUCUAUUUAUUUUCAUCAAGCCUAAG